AUGUUUGGUUUCACAUUUUGGGGGUUGCUUGGAAAUCAGUCCAAUUUAGAUAAGCAUAGCAUACAGCCUACAAUAGAAAACCAAUGUAAAUAAUCAUAUGAAUAGAUUCUUAUCAGUGAGCUCGACCGGGCUAAAAGUGGUUUCAUUUCGAUUCUUAAUUUAAGAUAACCAGUCAAAACAAGUUCUGGAGGUGGAGAACAGGCUGUGACGACUUUUAGGACGAUUCUUUCGUCCGCCCAUGACUUCUCUCUGCCCUUGCUGUCAAUUUGCCGUGAUGCGAUGGAGUUUUCAGAGCACAUAAAGACCGCGAACGUUGAAGAUGUCGUUCUAAGAAGGCCGUUUUAUCAACCGACUAAAGGAACGUUAUGUGUCACCGGCCACCACCUCAUCUUCUCUAACAGAGGUGGAGACAGCGCACGGCCGUUCUUGUUACUACUAAGAAAUAUCGAUGCCAUAGAGAAAAGUGUGGAAAACCUGUUGGGCUAUUCCAGACUCUUCUCUAGUACAGGCCAGAGUCAAAGGCCAUCUGUGUCCUCUGGAACAAUCACCCUCAAGUGUAAAGACCUGUGUGUUCUUCAGUUGGACAUUCCAGGCAUGGAGGAGUGCCUGAACAUUGCCAGCUCUAUUGAGUCUCUCUCUUCUCUGGAAACUGUGUCAGAGAUGUACCCAUUCUUCUACAGACCACCCUUUCUCAGUCUGCAGGACCAGUGGGGUCUCUCGUCCACUGAACAGCAUUACGCUCAAAUGAAAGAGAUACACGACGGGUGGAGAGUGAGUCAGGUGAACAGGGACUACUCUGUGUCUCCGUCCUACCCUCCUGCCGUCAUUGUCCCUCACUCCAUAGACGAUGAGACACUCGUAAAGGCGGCCAGGUUCAGACAAGGGGGGCGCUUCCCUGUCCUCUGUUAUUACCACAGGGAAACCGGCACGGUCAUUAUGCGCAGCAGUCAGCCCCUGUCGGGUGCCAAUAGGAAGCGCUGUAGAGAGGAUGAGCUCCUCCUCCAGGCAGUGAUUGACGGCUCUGAGCUGGGUUAUAUCAUUGACACCCGCUCCAGCCAACAGGCUCAGCAGGCCAGGAUGACAGGGGGCGGGUUUGAGUCCAAAUCUUGCUACAGAGGCUGGAAAAGACUGCAUCGCCAACUGGAAAAGGGGAAGGUGCUCCAGGAGAGUCUGAUAAAGCUGGUGGAGGCCUGUGGGGAUCAGUCUCACAGUGUGGACCGCUGGCUCAGCAAGCUGGAAAACUCCAAGUGGCUCUCUCACGUCCAGACAGCCCUUUCCACUGCAGGCCUAGUGGCGGAGUGCGUGGAGAGGGAUGGCCACUCUGUUCUAGUCCAUGGCUCAGAGGGCACAGACACCAGUCUUCUGGUAAGCUCUCUGGCUCAGCUUAUCCUGGACCCUGACUCCCGGACAUUGGCCGGCUUCUUGGGACUGCUGGAGAGGGAGUGGGUACAGGCGGGUCACCCUUUCCAACAGCGCUGUGCCCACUCCGCCUACUCACAUGUCCGUCUGAGGCAUGAGGCUCCGGUGUUUGUGCUGCUGCUGGACUGCGUGUGGCAGCUGGCCCGACAGUUCCCCCUGGCAAUGGGCUUCUCUGAGCCUCUGCUGUUGCGGCUAGCCAAGGAGGUUUAUGCCUCAGACUAUGGCACCUUCCUCUGCAACAGUGACCAGGAGAGGUGUGUUACUGGGGUGAAGGAGAGAACUCACUGUCUGUUCCAGUCCCUACUGAGAGCCAAUGAGAGGCAGCAUUACUCUAACCCCCUGUAUGAGCGCACUGAGCUGGCCAUCUGGCCCUCCAUCCAACCUCCGUCCCUGCAGCUCUGGAAAGGUCUGUUCCUGCAAUGGACGGAUGAUGCACUGCAUCUAGUGGAGGCUCAGAAGGUGAUACAGAACCUGGUCAGUCAGUGCCAUCGGCCACUCAAUGAGAAGGUUGAAAACACUGAUGGAUGACGAGCAUCCAAAAUACAUUGACAGAUGGGACUGAUGGAGCAGAGACACUGGGGAAAAAGCGUUUAAUGCCAGGAAAUUAUGCUCCUCUAGACAUAGAAUACAUGGGGUUUCAUCCAUCACAAAGAAUAUUACUUAAAUACAGAACCUCAUACCGCAACCUUGGAGUCAUCCUUGACCCCACCCUCUCAUCCCUACCUCACAUCAACCAAGUUACUAAAACAUCCUUCUUCCACCUCAAGAACACUGCCCGCAUUCGGCCCUCUCUGUGUUCAACCGCUGCUGAAAGACUCAUCCAUGCCCUCAGAACUUCCAGACUACUGCAAUAGUAUCUUCUACGGUUCACCCAACAAAAUCCUCAAUAAACUUCAAUACGUCCAGUACUCUGCUGCCCGCAUGCUCACCUCCACCCGUUACCGAGAUCACAUCGCCCCUGUUCUCCACAACCUCCACUGGCUCUGGGUCAAAUAUAGGAUUCAUUUCUAAAUACUACUCACCACCUACAAAGUCAUAAAUAACCUGGCCCCUUCCUACUUCUGCAACUUCCUCAUCCACCAGACCCCUACCCGAUGCCUCUGGUCUGCGGACACAACCAUUCUUAAAACCACCAGGACCAAGUUCCGGACCUGGGGCGGCAGGGCCUUUUCAGCUGCUGCACCCCAACUCUGGAACACCCUCCCCAGCCACAUCCAUCAGGCAAACAUCCUUCAAACAGGCCUUCAAAAGCCACCUCUUCAAAUUUGCAUUCGGCAGUUAACCUCCUUCCCUUCUUUUGCCUUCCCUCCAUCUCAUGAUUCCCUAGUUAUUAGCCACCUAUUUCACCUUUUAUUUGUACCUAUUAAAGUGAUUCUACCCUG